AUGAAGACGACAACCCUCCUUGCCGGCGCCCUUCUGGGCCGCUACGUGUCAGCUCAGACCGUAGGUGCCUGGGGUCAAUGCGGAGGUACCGCCACGACUACGACCUCUUCUACGUUGAUAACCACAACCUCCCGGACAACUUCGUCCACAACUUCGUCCACUUCGAAAACGACUUCAAGUAAGACUACUACUACUUCAGCUCCGACGUCUACCGGCUUUUCUAAAGUCAAUGGUCUCAACUUUACCAUCGAUGGAGAAACAAAUUACUAUGUGGGAACGAACACCUACUGGCUUGCCUUCUUGAGCAAUAACAGUGAUGUCGACCUCGUCCUCAGCGACAUUGCAUCAUCUGGUAUGAAGAUUCUCCGCGUCUGGGGUUUCAACGACGUCAACACUGUGCCCUCAGCUGGAACUGUUUACUUUCAACUUCUUGCGAACGGCACAGCAACAAUCAACACAGGUGCUGAUGGUCUUGAGAAGCUGGACUACGUUGUGAGCUCGGCUGAAGCUCAUGGAAUCAAAUUGAUUAUUCCUUUUGUCAACAACUGGAGUGACUAUGGAGGAAUGGCAGCAUAUGUUACCGCGUUUGGAGGUUCGCAGACGACUUGGUACACUAACACCGCGGCUCAGGCGGCAUACCAAGCGUACAUCAAGGCCGUUGUCAGUCGGUAUAGCUCAUCGCCAGCUAUUUUUGCAUGGGAACUUGGCAAUGAGCCACGGUGUAAUGGAUGCAAUACAUCGGUCAUUACUAACUGGGCGGAAACUACCAGUGCCUACAUUAAAUCCCUAGAUUCAAACCACAUGGUCACUACUGGCAUUGAGGGAUUCGGUCUUGAUGCCGGAUCGGACGGUUCAUAUCCCUACACGUAUAGUGAGGGAACAAACUUUACAGCGCUCCUUUCCGUUCCUGACAUCGACUUUGGCACUAUUCACUUGUACCCUGAUAGUUGGGGCGAAGCUUUGAGCUGGGGCAGCAGCUGGGUCUCAACCCACGGAGCGGCCUGUGCAUCCAUCGGCAAGCCAUGCAUUCUCGAAGAAUUCGGAACAACAAGCAACCAAUGCGCGAACGAGGCGCCGUGGCAGGCCACUGCUCUUGAUACCAAGGGUAUAGGGGCCGAUAUGUUCUGGCAGUACGGAGAUACUUUGAGUACAGGACAGUCGCCGAAUGAUGGCAACACGAUCUACUAUGGCACAUCGACGUUUACGUGCAUCGUGACAGACCAUAUUGCCGCAAUUUAA